AUGGAAAGAAUAUUUUUAAGUCCAAGUCGUUAUGUACAAGGCAAAGAUGUCAUUAAGAAAGCUGGUACAUAUAUUGGUAAAUUGGGUAGUCAUGCUUUAGUUCUAGCAGAUAAACUUGUAUGGCAAAUUGCUGGUAAUAAUCUUGCAAAAACACUUGAACAAAGUCAUAUUCAAGUGGAAAAGGUGAUAUUUAACGGAGAAUGUUCAAAUUCCGAAAUUGAACGUGUUACCAAGCUAAGCAAAACAGCCAAUUCGAAUGUAAUUAUUGGUGUUGGUGGUGGAAAAACAAUGGAUGCAGCAAAGGCAGUAGCAAAUAAUUUGAAUAUAAUGUUAACUACAUUUCCAACAACUGCUUCUACAGAUGCACCAACUUCCGCAGUAUCUGUUAUUUAUACCGAUAAAGGAGCUGUUGAAAGUUAUAGAUUUUAUAAUAGAAAUCCUGAUUUAGUUUUAGUAGACACACGUAUUAUUGCAAAUGCACCUCCACGUUUUCUAGUAUCAGGAAUUGCAGAUGCUUUAGCCACAUGGGUAGAAGCUAGAGCUGUUAAACAAUCGUGUAGUCGAAUUUUAAUAGGUAGUGCGCCGACUAUUGCUGGACAGGCGAUUGCCGAGAAAGCGGAGCAAAUACUUUUUGCUCAUAGCGUACAAGCACUUGAAGCUAACAAAAACAAAUUGGUGACACCAGCCUUCGAAAGUGUUGUUGAAGCCAAUACAUUAUUGAGUGGUGUUGGAUUCGAAGCUGGAGGACUUGCAGCUGCUCAUUCAAUCCAUAAUGGUUUUACAGCGAUAGAUGGUGAUAUUCAUCAUCUGACUCAUGGUGAAAAAGUAGCAUAUGGUACUAUUGCUCAACUUGUCUUGGAAAAUAGAUCAUUAAAUGAACUAGAUCGUUAUAUUCAACUUUAUCUUCAACUUGGUUUGCCAGUAACAUUAAAAGAUAUACAUUUAGAAAAUGCUACCGAUGGAGAUUUUAACAAGAUUGCAGAGGUUGCAACAGCAGAACAUGAAACGAUUCAUAAUAUGCCAUUUAAAGUUGAACCGGAAGAUGUAGUAAUGGCUUUAAAAGGUGUCGAUGCGUAUGUGAAAAGUUAUAAAAAACGUCAUGGUUGGAAGGAUGAAUGA